GGCUCUGGCUGUUUAUUGUUCCUUCCUCAGCGGCGACAGAGAAAAACAGGCUAACAAGCUGUCAGCUACCUUUUUUCCUGCACGGUUUACUGUCGGUUAAACGAAAGGUGUCGACACAGCAGGGGCCAUGGCGUACGCGUACCUCUUCAAAUACAUCAUCAUCGGAGACACGGGUGUGGGCAAGUCAUGUCUAUUACUACAGUUCACAGACAAGAGGUUUCAGCCGGUUCACGACCUCACCAUCGGUGUGGAGUUCGGAGCGAGGAUGAUCACUAUAGAUGGCAAACAGAUCAAACUGCAGAUCUGGGAUACGGCUGGUCAGGAGUCAUUCCGGUCCAUCACCAGGUCUUACUACAGAGGAGCAGCAGGAGCACUGCUAGUCUAUGACAUCACAAGAAGGGACACCUUCAACCACUUGACGACCUGGUUAGAGGACGCUCGCCAACAUUCCAACUCCAAUAUGGUCAUCAUGCUCAUUGGCAACAAGAGUGACCUGGAGUCACGGAGAGAGGUAAAGAAAGAAGAAGGUGAAGCCUUUGCCAGAGAACACGGCCUCAUAUUCAUGGAGACCUCAGCCAAGACUGCCUCUAAUGUAGAGGAGGCUUUCAUCAACACAGCCAAGGAGAUCUACGAGAAGAUCCAGGAGGGAGUGUUUGAUAUCAACAAUGAGGCUAAUGGUAUUAAGAUUGGACCCCAGCACCCUACCACCAACUCCACACUGUCCGGUAGCCAGGGAGGCCAACAGGCUGGAGGGGGCUGCUGCUGAAGCCCCGGAACACACCUCCUCUUCUUCUUCCUCCUACUCCUCCAUCCCCCCGACCCACCUCUCUUCUUCUUCUCCUCCUCCGCCUCCUCUCCGCCCUGUCUCCGACACCCUCCCUUGCGUUUCUACAGAACUGUCCAGGCCCAGUAACAGUUUGUUAACCCCUCUCUCUCUCUCUCUCUCUCUCUCUCUCUCUCUCUCUCUCUCUCUCUCUCUCUCUCUCUCUCUCUCUCUCUCUCUCUCUCUCUCUUUCUUUUCAUUCUUUCAUCCAUCCCUCCUUCUAUUGUGUCUUUCUCUCCUCAGCUCUGUCUCUCAACCAUGCAUACAUAAGGGUCUGGGGGACUCCAAUCCCCAUAAUUUCCCCCACAGUCUUACGAGGACAGCGUCCGCUUCACCUACACGUUUACCCGCCAAAUUAAGAGUUUUCAACUUCAGUUUUUUUUCAGUUUUUUUUUCGGUAAGAUAAAUUGAUUUUAAUCGUUUUAUUUAAAUAAAUAAAAAAUCACAUCCCUCUUAAUUCAUGAGGAGGUUGUUGGGAUAUUACAGUAUCUCAGAAUCAUUCAAAUAAAAUGUCUGGUUAAAGGUGAAGCUGACUUCCAGAUAAAGAGAAGACUGUGGGUGGAGAAUAAACACGCUCUUAACAACUGACUGUAUGGAAUAAAGUGUGUGUUGUGUCUAUACACACAUCUGUACAUGUUUGUAGAGAAAACGACGCAGCACAUUGAUAGCGCGACAUGUUUCUACAUGUUCAGUCUUUUUUUUUUUCAUGCUGUGCCUGCGUGUAUAGGGACGAUAUAGGUAUUCCAGUAUGUCAGUCUUUAAGGUGUAGGAGGCAUUCUGUACCGUCAUGUUCAUAAAAAAAACAAAAAACACACAACUUUGUGCAAAUUAUUUUGUGCUUCCUUCCCCUUUUUUUUCUUUUUGUCAUGUUUUUUUUUUUGUUCUCUUUGUCUUUGUGUCCUUUUUUUUUUUGUUUUUGACUUACAGAUGAUUUGUAUUUAAUGAACACUACAAAACUGGUUGUGGCUUAUUAAAAAAAAAAAAUGUUUUAAAUUGUCCUGGGAGAGAAUAAAAGACCAAACUGUU